AUUCUUUACCAGUGAGACUAAACCGAAGAAUGCUGAAAUUUCUCCAAGAAUAUCUGGAAAGGAUAACAAGAUGCUGAUCAAUAGAUGGUCAUCUGAAUUGUUCCAUUCUCGGGACGACAAAUCCUCAACCACAAAAAAUGAGCCUAUCUAAAAUCGGUGUACCUUGGUACCAAGAUGAACUCAACUUUCGAAUGUGUGAAUUUGGAUGCCUUCCACACGAGAUACGUGUUCAUCCACGGAUGGGCCAGUAUCCUCGUGUGUGUCUUCGGAUCAAUCGCAAAUUCAUUAAACAUCGCAGUUCUAACCCGGAAGGAAAUGAUUUCUCCAACAAAUUCGAUCCUAACUGGAUUGGCUGUAGCAGAUUUAUUGGUGAUGUUGGAAUACAUCCCCUAUGCUGUUCAUUCUUACCUCUACCUUCAACCAUCGCGGGAUAGAUUCACUUACGGAUGGGCCCUCUUCGUCCUCUUCCAUGCCCUCUUUGGCCAAGUCUUCCACACAAUUUCGAUCUGGUUAACUGUGACCUUGGCGGUUUGGCGCUACAUCGCAGUGGCCCAUCCUCAGAAAAAUCGGGAGUGGUGCAGCUUCCGAAGAAGUGUUGUGGCUAUCGUGAGUGCCUAUGUCUUCUGUCCGGUAAUUUGUGUCCCACUUUAUGUAACAACAAGUAUUACAGAGUCGACUCGGAUAAUCGAUAAUGAUGGAAUGUUUUCGAAUACUAGUCUCUUCAACGCAACUGACCUUCCGGAAGGUGUCACCAAUGGGACGGUUUUCAGGGUUGUCCUUAGCAAAAACGCUAUUGCUUUAAACUUUUGGAUGUAUAGUGUCGUUAUCAAGUUAAUACCAUGUGUAGCAUUGACUGUCCUCAGUCUCAGGUUGAUCCUGGCUCUGGUGGAGGCGAAGAAGCGGAGGAAGAAACUUUCCCAGGCAGCUGUUGUUAAAGAUGAAGUUAGUUCGGAAUGUUGUAGUGGCAAAAAGAGAAAGAAAAAACCCACGAGACAGAUGGAUAAGGAAAGGCAGACUGAUAGGACAACCAAAAUGCUUCUGGCAAUCCUUUUGCUGUUUUUACUCACCGAGUUUCCUCAAGGAGUCCUGGGACUACUAAGCGUCAUUCUUGGGACGACAUUCUUUGAUAAUUGCUAUGUUAAACUAGGUGAACUGAUGGACGUUCUCGCUCUGAUCAAUUCUGCCAUCAACUUUAUUCUUUAUUGCGCGAUGAGUCGACAAUUUCGGAUGACCUUCAAGCAACUUUUCUGCAAGAGCAACCUUUUCGGGAGAUGGCUUCCGGUUCCAUUGCAUGGUGAAAAUAAUGGACAUACGGGGACCAAUCAAACAGUGACACAAGUCACUCAAGUCUAGCACAGACGAGUCCGGCAAUCAAUGUGUUAUCCCCUGUAGGAAAUUUGUUUUCUAGGCCCAACGAUUCAAUUUUUAUGCUCAGGAACCCUUCAAGUGUCAUAUUUGAAUUUUUAAGGCAGCGCCAAUCAUCUCAAAAUAGAACACAUCGUUCAUUUCGACACAUUCGUGUUAAAAGAAUCUCUUCCGGAGUUCCUAAAAUUCUUCGAAUUUCUUGAAUUUUCAGAAUUCCUAGAAAUCCCUAGAUUUCUUAUAAUAUCUAAAUUC